GUCGUUAAGGAGGCGAGUCGUUACAUUACCCACUGAAGGACGGGGAUUAUACUCUAUAUUGUGUCUCUUCAUGAAGGAGGUUUUUAAUUGCAACCUGACAACAUCGAAAUAUUUGUAAACAAUAUUCCUACAACGGGUCACAGAAUAAGAAAGCCUAGAAACCACAAUGCCUAGCGCAGGAGCGGUGUGUCCUCCAAUAAUUUCACCGCUGAGGAGGCACAUCUAUGGCCAGUCUACAACACACAUUGAUACUUCAACUCUUAUAGAAAUUGUCUGUGAAACACCAAGCACUAAGAUUUACUUCACUGCCGAUGGAACCAAACCAAAUCCAUUUCAACGCACGAUUGGGGGACGUGAAGUGACUCAUCGAUACAAAGACCCUUUCACUUUAAAGGAAGGAAAAAGAACUCUGAAAGCUAUUGCAGUCUCUAAAGAUGGUCGAGAGAGUGAUGUUAACACCAGAACUUACACUGUGGAUGAUGUGGGUAAAAUCAACGCCAGCCCCAUACCCUCUUCAUCUUCUGAGGUUGACAACUCAGACUUCUUUGACACAGACGGCUGGGAAUUGUCAGACUCCACUUUGAAGAGUGGAACAUCAUCUUCUAGUAAAGCAAGCAAAGGCAAGAAAGGAAAGAAACAAAAGAAGAGCAAGUCACCAACUCGAACUCUGAGGUCAAGGUCACGGUCUAAAUCUCCAGGACGGACUCCAAAAGAGGCCUGGGCGAGUAGUUCAUAUACACCAGCUCUCAAUUCUGGGGCGUUCGGUGAUCAACCAGCCCCGCCUCCGAUACCAGAUGGCCCUUUCAACCCCACCAACUAUUCCGGCACUCAGAUCAACGUAUGGGGUGGUGCCCCACCGCCCUUUGUCCAGGGAGGCAUGCCAGGGGUGGUCAGCCUUGGUCAGCCUGGAUUCUGUAACCCGUACACAACGCAAUAUGGCUACCUCACUGAGAACAUGCUGCAGAACUGCAAUCCAGACACCAAGCACGUAACCGUUGGUGAUUUACGUCAGCUGUUAAGGAGCCGACAGGCUCCCCCACCCCCAGCGCCUGCAGUGGAGGCCCCACCCCCUCCUAGACCGGAGCGUAUAGAGGUUCCCGUGUACAAGGACCCUCCCCUGAACCCUGUGAGCCCCGGCGGAGGGGACUACAAGGGUAAUCUACUCCAUAUCUAUGCCCAUCUGAUAGACCUCGCCAAUAAUAACAAGGACUUUCGUCUCCCAAUCUCAGAACCCAAAAUGGGCAAGAUUCUGGAGGCAAAGUUGAUGGACCAACAAGACUGUUAUGAGUUGAAGAUUGUUCUCGCUAAACCUGGAGUGCGAAGAGGAUCUAUUAAAAAGCCUCCAAAGAUUGAGAGCAAGCCUCCAACGCCCAAGAAAGAAGAAAAGAAAGAAGAAAAGAAAGUAGAAAAGAAAGAAGAACCGAAACCUGUGAAGAAAACACCCCCACCAGAGAAAGACCCAUAUUUUGCCAUGGAAACUGAAAACUUGAAUCAACAAGGGACGGUGAAGGCGUAUGCCAAGUUCAAUGCAGAGCAGGAUGCUGAGGUGCUACAUGGGGCAAUGAAGGGGCUGGGGACGGACGAGGAAGCAAUUAUAAAUGUGCUGUGCUAUAGAUCAAACACACAGCGCCAGCAGAUUGUAGCUGCAUACAAAACCAUGUUUGGAAAGGACCUGAGCGAGGAUCUAAAGGGUGACCUGAGCGGCCACUUCCUGGAUACCAUGAAGGCCCUGAUCAUGGCCCCAGCAGAGUACGACGCCUACCAGCUACGCAAGGCCAUGAAGGGGCUGGGCACCGACGAGGACGUACUCAUUGAGGUCCUCUGUACGCGCUCUAAUGCACAGCUCAAGGAGGUCAUAAGGGUGUACAAAGAAAAAUUCAACAGAGACUUGGAGAAGGACAUAAUUUCUGAUACAUCUGGUCACUUCAAGAAGCUCCUGGUGUCCUUAGUGCAGGCGAACCGAAGUGACAGCAAUGAGGUUGACCGUGCUAAGGCAAAACAGGAUGCCAAGGACCUCUACCAGGCAGGUGAGGCUAAAUGGGGCACAGAUGAGUCCAAAUUCAACACGAUUCUUGUAACCCGUAGCUACCCACAGCUAAGGGCGAUGUUUGACGAGUACAAGAACAUCUCGAAGAAGGACAUUGAGGAAGCAUUGAAGAGCGAAAUGUCUGGAGACAUUCUGAGGGGAAUGCUAACAGUCGUACGCUGUGUGAAGCACAAGUUCAACCACUUUGCCCGCCAGCUUCAGAAGACCAUGAAGGGUAUCGGCACUGAUGAUGACACUCUGGUGCGUGUGGUGGUGUCCAGGUGUGAGAUUGACAUGGUGCAGAUCAAGGAGGAGUUCCAGAAACUGGCUGGACAGACUCUGGAGCAGUACAUUGCUGACGAUAUCUCUGGUGACUACAGGAGUGCCAUCCUGUCUCUUGUCGUAGGAGGUGACCCUCCAGAUAUGUCCUCGAAAUCUGGGAAAGGCUUCGUGGAGGCAGUGAAGCAAAAGACAGAGGCACAGCUGGAUGAAGAUGUGAAACUUGAGUCUGAGCCAGUACAGGAGAACCCCACCCUCACACCUGCUGCCAACUUCAACGCAGAGGCUGACUGUGAGGUGCUCAGGAAGGCUAUGAAAGGCUUCGGCACAGAUGAAGCUGCAAUCAUUAAAGUGAUGGGUUACCGUAGCAACCCUCAGAUGAUGGAGGUGGUGAAGUCGUAUAAGACUAUGUUUGGCAAGGAUCUAAAGUCCGAGCUCGAGAGUGAGACAAGCGGAGGGUUCAAGACUCUGCUAGCGGGACUGUGCAUGAGCCCUGCAGAUUUUGAUGCUUAUAAUCUACACAAGGCUAUAAAGGGACUAGGGACAGAUGAACAGGUUCUUACUGAAAUCAUCUGCACCAGAACCAACAAACAACUCAUAGACAUCAAGGCAGCUUACAAAACAAACUACAGCAAAGAGCUGGAUGCAGAUGUGGCAGGGGACACAUCGGGUCACUACAAGCGCAUCCUGGUCAGUUGCCUAGCAGCCAACCGUCCAGAGGGUCAGGAGUUUGACCGCAACAAGGCCAGGCAGGAUGCCCAGGCACUCUACGAGGCCGGAGAGAAGAAGUGGGGCACAGAUGAAUCAAGGUUCAACGUGAUUCUAGCGUCUCGUAGCUACCCACAACUUCGAGCCACUUUCCAGGAGUAUGCCAAGCUGGCCAACAAGGAUAUUGAUGACACCAUACGGAGUGAGAUGUCUGGGGACCUCAAGGACAGCAUGCUGGCUAUAGUGCGCUGUAUCAGAAAUAAGGCUGCCCACUUUGCGACUGAGCUCCAUAAAUCCAUGAAAGGGCUGGGGACAAAUGAUGACACGCUGUGUCGUAUAGUGGUGUCAAGGGCCGGAGUGGACAUGGUCCAGAUCAAACAAGAGUUCCAGAAAAUGUUCAAGCAAACACUCGGCAUGUUCUGUGCAGACGACCUGUCUGGUGAUUACAAGACACUUGUGCUUGCAUUGAUUCGGGAGGAGACUGCUGGGGGGAAGUAGACAGACCACUGAUUGACUGAUACAUGUUCUUGAAUGAGAGACUGGUUUAGAAGGACUCUUGCAUGAGGAAAGAAACCAGACCACUCUAUUCUUAGACUGUGGAAUAAAGAAAAGUUCUACAAUUUAGAAGGAACGUUGUUUUAUAAGAAAGAAUCUUGAUAUUUUAUUGUUUAUAUAUAUAUAUAUAUAUAUUUUAAAUAAAUUAAAUGUAUAUUACAUAUUGUAAUUCUUUAGCAUAAAACUGGCAUAUAAUGGAAAUAUAAUUGCCCUGUGCAUUAAUGAAGUUAUGGCUCCAUGACUAUAAAAGGUCAUAAUAUAAAACUCUGAAUAAGAAUUGACCAAUGGGACUGCUUGCUUCUUGAACUUUCGAUUGAAUUUGUUAAUUAAAAUAAAUUGCGAAGCAAUAAUCUAUACUAUCAUUUGGCUUUAUUUUUUUUACCGUUUUAAAACAUACUGCAUAUAUCUUUUGUUAAUUGAUUAAACAUAUGUUUUGGGUUAAAAACAUUCAUAGCAUUUUUUAAACUGGAUUAAAGCAAGAAUGUAUUAUCUCAUUAUAUGUUUUUCAAAACAAAUUGAUAAAGAAACAGGAAAAGAUAAGAACAAGUAGUACCAGAACAUCAACAAAAUUAUAUUUCUCUACUAUUCUCAUAAUUUUAUUGUGUUAAAAUAUUUUAUUUACAAAAGACGUGUGCAGAUUUUUCAUACUAAACAAGGACACAAUUUUCUAUUGUGAAAUAAAAGCAAAGAUAACACCUAUAAGGUUACACUUGGAAUUUCAUUGUAUUUAAUGUAUGAUAACUUUAAGACUUAAUUGAUAUAAUUAACUUAUCAUUCUUUGUUUAAGAUAGUGAAAAGAAAAUAUUGACAGCAAAAUCCUAUAUGCUCACUAAAUGGUGUUGCUCAUAUACAAUAGCUGCAUUUAUUGAUGGCUCAAAUUCUAUUAGUUAGAUUAGUUUAGGUCAUUAUAAUCUUGUGUAGAAGCAUGUAACUAAUUACUAGGAAGAUCUUAAUAUGCAUGCGUUUUUGUGACCUAAUUUUUAUUUUUUGUAAAUAUUAAUUUUCAGUUUUGUUCAAAUAUGUCCAGUAACUUGCAUAUUUAAAGAACAUGAUUUUUUUUAUCAUUAUGACAUUGCAAUCAUAUUAAUAAUUUUGGACCAAAACCUAUUUAGAUCCUUUAAAAUCUUCACAUGGGUCAUUUGUGAUCUACAAACAAUAACACUUUAGACAGGAUAUCAUUUCUUUGUUUUGCAUUAACUGAUUGUUAUUUUUAAAUAUUUAAUGUUAAAUGCAUUUUUAUUAAUUGGGAAGUAUUUACCUGAACAACUUAAAUAAAACUGCCAUGUGAUGUUUGCUACAUGUCAAUACCUCAGUUUUCAUGCAUGAAUGUACAUUUAUGUUGCUAAAAUGUUAUUUUUACAUACCUUUAGCUUUUUACACCAUUUCCACGGUAUAACACAUACAAGGCUUUUAAAUGUGUUAUUAUUUGGCAAUAGCAUGAAAAAGGCUAUUUACUUUCCAUUUACAUAUACUCUAAGGUUGUGAUAAGGAAUCUGAGUUUGUAGCUAAAUCAAUGAUUAAUGGUAACCCCCAAAAGUGAAAAUUUGCCUGAUUUUCAACUAUAUGUUAGACAUUAUCAGUAUCAACAUAAAUAUCACAGAAGUAUGUCUAACUUAAAAAUACUAUCUGAAACAUCGCUUAAUCUUGCAAGUAAGGCGUGGCUACCCAUCAAAGCGGUUUAAACCCCCAAUGCUUGCCUUGACUGUUGCAAGGUGGUGAUCCCAGUUUUAUUAAUUCAUGUUUAUAUUUGGCGUUUCUGUAUAAGUCUUUAUAAACUACAUGUAUAUUUCUUUAAUAAAAAUAAAGUAGUGGAUAAGAACAAGAAUUUCUCUCUUGAUAGCAUUAAUGGAGUUUCAAUGUUUGCUAUAUUGAAGUUUGUGUUGGAAUGUAAUUAUUAAUAUAUGAAUAUAUCAUUUAGUCUCUUUAAUUUAUUAGUUGGAUUUGUUUAAAUAAGCUUUGUAUCUUGUCAUUGAUGUUUGAUGAUAUCGUCUGUGAUAUGCUUACAUUUUUGUAUUAAAAGUUUUUUAUUAUACAUUGCUUUAGAUGAUGCUUUUAUUGUCUGCAGCUAGAUUUUUAUCAGAAUAUUUUGUACUCGUUAUGUAUUUGAAUUAUACCCAAAGACAUUAUAUUAGGCUAAUGCAAAUUCUCAUGACACUUUACAUGUACAUUUGCAAUAGAACAUUCAAGCUUGGCAAGUUCUUAAACUGACUCAAACAAGUUGGUACCAAUAAAUGCAGUAUGUUUCAUACAAAAUACCGUAACAUAUUUCCAAUGUAACCAACUUACGUGUCAAACACUACCAAUUUAGCUCUGACCCAAGAUUGUUGUAAAAAACAUGACAGUAUGGUAGCAAAUAUGGAGUAUUUUAUUGAAUAACUAGGCUGAUGAUAUUUACAAUAUUUUCACUUUAAUAUAUUGUAAAGGUAGAUCUUUUACAUGUGUAACUCAAAUGGAACCUGUAAAGGGAUCUUAGUGUAUACAUUUUAGCAAGUUUCUGGUAUGUUUAUUUUUGUAAGUAUAGAUUUUAGUGUAAAACAGGUCUAGAUAAAUUUACAUAAAUAUAGACAAUAAAAAUAGUA